AUGCACUAUACGGGAACCCUGAGCAGCGGCAAGAAGUUCGACUCCAGCCGAGAUCGAGGACAGCCAUUCCGGACUCAAAUCGGCGUUGGCCAGGUCAUCCGGGGCUGGGAUGAGGGCGUUCCCACUAUGAGCCUGGGAGAGAAGGCCAUUCUUCGCAUGACCUCCGACUACGGCUACGGAUCCAGGGGCGCCGGCCGGGUCAUCCCGCCGAACGCGGACCUCACAUUUGAGGUGGAGCUCUUGCGGAUUAACUGA